GGGCGGUGAUUAUUCGAGACUAGACUAAAGACAAAUGCCAAUUGAGGAGGUGGGCAUGGAUUCUCUGCUGAGAUUUUUCUGUGUCACCAAUAUCUAACAAGUCUCGACCCAGCCCCAAGUUGCAUGUAGUCAAGAACUCUCCAAGCCUUCUCCAUAUAAGUUUAAGCCAGAAUUCGAGUUGAUCGCCGAAACUUGACUUGUUUUCUCUUCAUUCUUAUCAUCAAUACCCAACUGAUACCUACUCUUGCUCCAUUGAGCUUUGUGAUACCCCGCACCUAAUCCUACAACAUACCUAUUAUACCCAAUACUCACUAUUCAAGAUGGCUGCUGAACUCCCCAAGACCAUGAAGGCUCUCAGAUAUGAGAAGCCCGAGGACUGGAGCAUCGUCGAGGUGCCCCUGCCCAAGAUCCGCGCUGGUGAUGUCUUGAUCAAGGUUAAGGCUUGCGGUGUUUGCGGAACCGAUCUUCACAUCCACGAGGGCGAGUUCAUCGCCAAGUUUCCUCUCAUCCCCGGUCAUGAAACAAUUGGUGUUGUUGUUGACAUGGCACCUGAUGUGAAGGGCUUCAAGAUCGGUGACCGUGUCGCCGCUGACAACUCCGAACUUUGUGGCCACUGCUUCUACUGCCGUAGAGGCGAGGCUCUGCUUUGCGAGGACUUCUCUGCCCAUGGUGUCCUGAACUUGGACGGCGGUUUCGCUGAAUACUGCAACUAUCCUCAGGGCAAGCUUUUCAAGAUCCACAACAUCAGCGACGUUGAUGCCACCCUCAUCGAGCCUGCUUCUUGCGCCAUGCACGGUCUCGAGAAGAUCGCCCCCAAGGCCGGUUCUCACGCUCUAUUGAUCGGUGCUGGUCCCACUGGUCUUAUGAUGGCCCAGUUCUUGAAGAACUCUGGUGUCUCUCAGUUGACUAUCGCCGCGCCUGAAGGUACCAAGAUGGAUUUGGCCAAGAGCCUCGAUGCUGCCGACACCUACAUUUCUCUGUCCCGAAAGGACUCUGCUCCUCAGUGGGAGCAACUGAAGAAGGACAACCCUUACGGUUUCGACAUCGUCGUUGAGGCAUCCGGAAGCUCCAAGGUCCUCGAGGACGCUAUCAACUAUGUCCGUCGUGGAGGCAAGCUUGUCUGCUAUGGUGUUUACCCUAGCUCUGCUCGUGUCUCGUGGGCUCCUUCCAAGAUCUUCGGUGAUGAGAUCACCAUCAUUGGUUCCUUCUCUGAGACCUUCAUGUUCCCCGCCACUGUCGACUACCUCGACAGCGGAAAGAUCAAGACCAAGGGUAUUGUCAACAAGACCUUCAAGUUGGAGCAAUGGGGCGAGGCUCUCGAGAGCAUCCGAAACAAGUCCGCCAUCAAGGCUGCUAUUGUCUUUGACUAGAUGUGGCACAUCUUGUAUAGAGGAGGAACACCGAAUAGACGGGAAGUUCAAGUCUCUAGAUCUUUAUGACGAUAUGAAAUCAUGUUACAGGGCUAGUCAAAUGUAUGGUCUAGGUCCUUCUA